UCCCGUCGAGCCUCGUCUCUGCAACGCUACGCAACGCAACGCAACCCAGCACCUCGCCUCGCCUUACACCGACCAGUGCGCAACGUCUCCCUCUCAAUCAACACACACCUCUUUGCGCUUCUCAUCGCCUGUGCUCUGUUGUGCUGUCACUCGAGGAUAGUUCCUGUCGUCCACCGCUCUUAGGCCGAACGUCCGUUGUCGAGAUACUGGCUAGAAGAGCUCUUUGUCCUAGUACACAAUGGCGUCCAAGUUCCUGCGAGAGUAUAAGGUCGUCGUGGUCGGUGGAGGUGGUGUCGGCAAAUCAUGCUUGACCAUUCAGAUGACGCAGGACCAUUUCAUCGAUGAGUAUGAUCCGACUAUCGAGGACUCAUACCGAAAGCAAUGCAUUAUCGACGACGAACUAGCCCUACUCGAUGUCCUUGAUACCGCUGGCCAGGAAGAGUAUGCCGCUAUGAGAGAACAGUACAUGGUUAACGGAGAGGGUUUCAUGCUCGUAUUCUCAAUAACUUCCCAAGAAUCGCUCGAUGAGAUUCAUGCUCUACACAGACAGAUUUUGAGAGUUAAGGGCAAGCAAGAGGGCGAUCACUUCCCCGUGGUACUGGUGGGCAACAAAUGUGAUCUUGAGCACGAACGUGUGGUCACAAGAGAGAAGGCUGAAAGGAGCGCUGCAGAAUUUCGAUGCCCAUAUAUUGAGACAUCUGCUAAGUCUCGCAUCAAUGUAGAGGCUGCUUUCUUUGAUGUCGUGCGUGAAAUCCGAAGCUACGACCGUAAUCUUGGUGGCAUGUCAACAAACAAUGGUCGGAGUGGUGGCGCCAACGGACCGGACAAGAUGGAAAUGGCCGACGGCGAAGCAGAGGCCGGUUGCUGCUCAAAAUGCGUCAUCCUAUAGUGUGGCUCAAAUCUACCGAAAAGUAGAGCGACUCCGACCAUGACGGGACGGGUGUUUACCUGGGCAUCAGCCCCAUGUCACUUCUAUCUUAACCCACAACGAUGGGCGGCUUUGGCGGCUUUGACGACGUAUAU